AUGUCAUCAAUUUGGUGGCAAUUUCUAAGCUGGUCAUCUGAGGAUGAUGAUAAGGAGUCUGGAUGCUCAUUGAGUCAAGAGGUAUCGAAUCAGGAUAAGGCAAACUUUGAGGCUGCUAGAACUCGUCUCUCGGAUUGGAUUGCAUCGAUUCAAACUCCGGUGAGACAAUCUGGACCUUCUAAAGUCAAUCCUUCUCCUCAUCCUAUGCAACAACUAAAUAGUAAUGUGGGUAAUGUAUGGAGUAGCUCAUUAUUUGGACACCUUCAUAAGGAGGGUUUGGAUUUAACUAUCAAUACUGAUAAAUGUGCUGAUAACGAUGAUGUUCUUAAAAUUACCAGUGAAGAUGUGGACCCUGAAAUAACAUAUUGGCAAUCUGCGAUUGUAUGUUACAUUUUAGGUGUUAAACCGCCAUUCCGAAUUAUUGAAGGAUUCAUUAGGAGGGUAUGGGGUAAAUAUGGUGUUGCGAAGGUGGCCAUGAUGAAUAACGGAGUGUUUGUGGUUCGGUUUAAGACGGUAGAGGAUAAGAUGAAGGCGAUGCAGGGGGGACCUAUUCUAUAUGAUCGAAAACCGGUGAUUAUGCAGGAAUGGACACCUGAUUUGGACCUCUUAAAUGCAGAUAUUAAGGUGGUUCCAACAUGGAUAAAAUUACCUGGGCUACCGUUGAAAUACUGGGGUCAGUCUACUCUUCAUAAGCUGGCCAGUAAGGUGGGAAAAGCCAUUAGAACUGAUAGGGCCACGGCCCAGAAGGAUAUAUUGGAGUAUGCUCGAAUUCUGGUAGAGGUGAAUAUAGGCCAGGAGUUUCCUAAGGAAAUAGUGUUUGAAAACGAGAAAGGUGUUCUUAUGACUCAAAUAGUGCAAUAUGAAUGUUUGCCUAUUUUUUGUGAUGAUUGUAAGGGGAUUGGACAUACAGCAGAAGCAUGUAGGCAGAAGAGAUUUGAACUGGCCAAGAAGAAAAUUCAGCCUAUGCAAAAGUGGGUUCCCAAGAAUACUGGAGUGAUUGGGAAGCCUGCAGUGACUGAUACAGUGAAUAAAACGAGGAAUCUGGAUUCUAUUGCUGAGGAUGUGGAUGAAGAGGUGAAUAUUAUUACUGUUACUGAAGUGGAUAAAGGAGAAUCUACUGCAAUGGCAGUGGAGAACAAUCAAGCCAAGAAGUCUGGGCAGAAAUCAGAGGAUAAUGCUGGUGUGGAGCAAGGAGAUAGGGGUGAACCAAGUGGAAUGAAAAUAGGAGAUAUUCAAUGUUUGUUUGGUUUAUUGGAGACAAGGGUUAGGAGUCAGAAUUUUGCUAAGGUAUUUGCAAGAUUCGGGGGUAUGUGGAGUAUUGCUACUAAUUAUCAGUGUCACAAGGGUGGUAGAAUCUGGUUAUUGUGGUUACCUUCUAAAUUUGUUGUGAAUAUCAUUGAAUGCACUAGUCAGUUCAUUCAUUGUGAUGUAUUGCAAUUGAAUUCAGGGAAGAAAUGGUUUGUUACUAUGGUUUAUGGGCUGAAUGACAGUAAAGAUAGGAAGCAGUUGUGGGAGGGGCUCAAAAAAUUGAGUAAAAAUGUGAAUGAAGCGUGGGUGGUGGGAGGAGAUUUCAAUAAUGUUCUCCACCUCAAUGAAAGAAUUGGAUCAGCAAUCACUCUGGAGGAGGUCAUGGAGUUUCAGCAGUGCCUUAGAACUUGCUCUCUUCAGGAACAAACUAAUACAGGACCGUUUUACACAUGGUCCAAUAAGCAAGAGGGGGAUGAUAGGGUAUUUUCUAGGAUUGACAGGAUUGUGGUGAAUGAUAGAUGGAUGGAGGUAUUUCCAGACUCAGUUAGCAUGUUUUUCCCUGAAAGCAUCUCAGAUCACUGUCCAUGUUUGGUUAAAUUGCUGAGUACUAGUCAUAACAAACCUAAACCCUUUAGGUUUUUUAAUAUGUGGACUCAGUCAGACAGAUUCAUAAGUAAGGUGCAGGAGGUGUGGCAAGAGGAUGUUUCUGGAGUCCCCAUGUUUCGGAUAGUUAGGAAGCUGAAGAAACUAAAGAAGUCCCUAAAAGAGCUGAAUAGGGAUAAAUUUGCAGACAUUGAGAAGCAAGCUGAUGAAGCUUACACUAAACUACUGCAAGCUCAGCAGCAGGUUCAUGAAGACCCUCUGAAUAAGCAGCUAUAUGUCCUUGAGGAGGGUGCCAGGAAAGAAUACCUUGCAUUGAACAAAGCUAGACUCAGCUUUCUUCAACAAAAGGUUAAGCAGGAGUGGAUUAAGAAUGGUGAUGCUAAUACAGGAUAUUUUCAUGCCUGUAUUAAGCAAAGGAGAUGUCAGAAUAAGGUGUGCAGGAUUAAAAAUAGUGAUGGUGAGUGGAAGGAGACUGGUGAGGAGAUUGAUGAAGCUUUUCUGGAGUUUUAUAAGAAGCUACUUGGUACUGAAAAGUCUGCUAUCAAACAUGUUAGUAGCAGUGUAAUCCAGGAAGGCAAUGUGGUAACUGAGAACCAGCAAGAAAGCCUGUGUGCUCCAUUCACAGGUGAAGAUGUCAAAGCUGCAUUCUUUGAUAUUGAAGACAAUAAGGCCCCAGGCCCUGAUGGGUACACUAGUUGUUUUUUCAAGAAGGCUUGGCCUUGCAUUGGAGAGGAUAUCAUCAAUGCUGUGCUUAAUUUCUUUCAAACAGGUAAACUUCUGAAACAACUAAAUACCAUAACUCUAUGCCUUAUUCCUAAAGUUGAACAACCUAUAGAUGUAUCUCAAUUCAGACCUAUAGCUUGUUGCAAUGUAAUGUAUAAAGCAAUUUCAAAAAUGCUUUGUAGUAGAUUGAAAGUUGUUCUACCUAGCCUAGUUGAUCAAGUGCAAAGUGCUUUUGUGGCUAAUAGAGUAAUUAUGCAUAACAUCUUUAUCUGUCAAGAUAUGCUAAAGAAUUAUAAAAGAAAGAGUGCUCCUGCCAGGUGCACACUGAAAGUAGACUUGAAGAAGGCAUAUGACUCCUUGAAUUGGGAGUUCAUCAGAGAAUUGCUCAUUGGGUUAAAUUUUCCUGAAAGAUUUAUUCACUGGAUUAUGGAAUGUCUCACUACUCCUUCCUACUCAUUGAGUGUUAAUGGGGGGCUGAAUGGUUUUUUUCAAGGCAAAAGAGGGAUUAGACAGGGAGAUCCUAUCUCUCCUUUAAUUUUUGUUCUUGCUAUGGAGUACUUUACAAGAUUGAUGAAGAAAAUGAGUCAUAGAGUGGAGUUUAAAUUUCAUCAUAGAUGUGAACAAUUGAAGAUUCAUCAUCUGAUUUUUGCUGAUGACUUGAUGCUGUUUAGUAAAGGUGAUAUUCAGUCAGUAGUGCUUCUAGUGAGAACCUUAAAAGCCUUUGCUGAGUCUUCUGGAUUAGAAGCAAGUCCUGAAAAAACUGCUAUCUACUUUGGUAAUGUAAAGGAGGUGGAUCAAAAUAGAAUACUUCAAAUUACUGGGUAUAGAAAAGGGAUCUUUCCUUUUCGAUACUUGGGUGUUCCCAUCACUUCUAAGAGAUUGAACAAGGCAGAUUGUGAUAUUUUGGUGGAUAGGAUGCUUAAAAGAAUCAUGUGUUGGAGUUCAAGGCAUCUUUCAUAUGCAGCAAGAACAACUCUUGUAAAUGCUGUCCUUAUGAGCAUUCACACUUACUGGGCUCAAAAUUUCCUUCUGCCUAAGUGUGUUCUACUCAGAAUUAACCAAGUUUGCAGAGCUUUUCUUUGGGAGGGCAAAGUGGUGUUGAAUAAAGCUCCCCCUGUGGCUUGGGACUGGGUGUGUAAAGGGAAAAAGAAAGGUGGAUUAGGUGUUCAGGACUGUAUGAAAUGGAACAUUGCAGCUAUUGGGAAAUUUGUAUGGCAAAUUGCACAAAAACAAGAUCUUCUUUGGAUCAAAUGGGUUCACUGUGUAUACUUAAAAGAGAUUGAUUGGUGGGAAUAUCAAAUUUCCCCCAAUGCUAGCUGGAUAUGGAGAUGUAUAUGCAAGGUGAAGGAAGUCUUUAAAGAAGCAUAUUCCACCAAUAACUGGUUGACUGGCCAGCAUCCAUAUACUGUUAAAGAGGGAUAUCAGUGGCUUCAAGGCUCACAGGAGGAUGUGCCCUGGCACUAUUGGGUUUGGAAUUCAUCAAACAUUCCUAAACACUCAUUCAUUGCUUGGCUAGUCAGCUUGGGGAAGUUAAAAACAAGAGUUAUAUUGGCUAAGGCUGGUAUCUGUCAAGAUACCUCAUGCUUGCUGUGCUGCACAGGUGAAGAUUCAUGCCAGCAUUUAUUUUUUCAGUGUCCUUACAGUGUUAUUAUUAGUCAGAAGGUAAUGGGAUGGAUUGUUUAUCAUAUAUGGAGAGCUCGGAAUUAUGCCCUAUGGAAUGAUGCUGUAUUGCUACCUGAUGACUUAGCAAGGAACAUUCAACUUGAUGUGUGUGGUAGAUACAAGAGCCUGAUAGAUAUCAAAUGGAAUGAUGAGGAUAAAUGUGCUGUACUACUUUGGCUUUGGUUGUAA